AUGUCUGAGGUAGAUGUUCCAGAGCUAUUGUUUGAACGCGUGUGGUUGCAGGUAGAUCGCGACCGCGAUGGCUUCAUCUACGCCAAACAGAUGCCAUCUUUUAUCACACAGUGUGAACAGGUCAUAAAGGAUACUGUUAAUACCAAUAAAACCGACUUUCAUAUGACCCGGUUCAAGAACAGAUUGAAGCUGCCGCUUUUACCAAAGUUGCAUAUGGAUCUUAUCGAUGCAUUUGCGAAGGAGACUCCAUACUACAAGAUCUACAAGGAAUCCUUCUCUGAUAUGCUGAAUAAACUAACAGGUAAUAAUUUUUCAACCGUUAUCAACAAAAUAUUUGAGGAUUGUGAUGGGUUUCCUGCAAGUUUCAUAAGUGCCCUGGAAGUGAAAGCUGAUGUCAAAUCGUCUCCUAGAAGUAAAGCGGAUAGCCUCGGUAGUCCGAUAAAGGUUGAUCUUUUGCGAAACUUAAAACCACAAGAGGAACCAGAAACUCCAAGGCGUAUCAAUAGGAAAUAUAAGAGUCUAGAAUUGCAAUUAGAAUCUAUGAAAAGAGAAUUAGAAGAUAAAGAGAAGACAAUUAUGAAUAAUGAACGCAACUUAACAGAGCUGAGAUCAACCAUAUCCAAAUUGAAGGAGAAAUAUGACUUAUUGUCGGAAGAAUAUGAACAAAGACAUAUACAUGGAGGGAACAAUGGCACUGCCAUAAAACAUGAUGUAGUGAUUGGCGAAUUGAAGAGUAGGCUACAAGAACAGAACCGGCUAAUCAGAAUUUUGCAAGAACAGAUCCAAUUUGACCCACAACUUAAGAGAGAAACUAGAGUGCAUGAUAACAAGAGCAAAAAUAAUACUUUCAAUGGAGCUAUAGCCUAUGUUAUCCCAUUUUUGCUGUUCAUAUUUGUGAUACGAUCCCUUAUUACAAAAGAAGAUAUCGGCGAUGCAACAAUGGCUCUCCCCUGGUGGGAAAGGAACAACCUUGCCAGCAGGCUGGCGUGGUAUUUCAGGGACGUCUUCUCAAAUGAUUCUGCGAAAUUCUUGGAGUCCGAUGCCUAUGACAAAGUCUUUGGUAUACAUUAA